AUACAGAGAGAGAGAGAGAGAGAGAGAGAGAGAGAGAGAGAGAGAGAAGCUUUUGAAUUUUUUUCUUACAGAGCCUUAAAUCUUUCAUCAUUGUGAAGAAACAAAGAGACGAGAAGAGGGGAAUGGGUUCUGGUUCUGGUUCUGGUUCUGGUUCUGGAAAUUUUAUACAAGUUGUCCUCAAGAACUUAGAUGUUCUUGCUCUCCCUCUGGUCACUCUGGUUUACCCUCUAUAUGCUUCGAUAAAGGCGAUAGAGACGAAAUGCAUAGCGGAAGACGAGCAAUGGCUUACCUAUUGGGUCCUCUACUCUCUCGUCACCCUCGUCGAACUCACUUUCGCCAAGGUCCUCGAAUGGUUUCCAAUAUGGACAUAUGCAAAGUUGUUCGGGGCAUGCUGGUUGGUCCUGCCAAGGUUCAAUGGAGCUGCAUAUGUGUACAGGCACUUCAUUCGACCGUUCUACAUAAACCCUCACAGGGCGACCAACAUUUGGUACGUCCCUAGAAAGAAGGACCUUUUCCGCAAGCCCGACAACAUCCUCUCCGCCGCCGAGAGGUACAUGGAAGAGCACGGGACCGAAGCCUUCGAGAGAAUGAUUGCAAGGGUGGAUCGAGAGGAGAGGGGGAGGAGGGGAGGCAAUUACAUGAUUUUCGAUGACGAUUACAGGUAUUAGGUUACUAAAUCAACUUCCAGAACCGAAGACUGAACCGUUGGUUUUGUACGGUUAUCGUUUCUUUACCGGUUUAGAUCGGUUCCUUUGGUUAUGUGGAUGAACCCUUUUGUUAGUAACGCGUUCCAGCUGUGGUCUCGAAACUCAAAAGAUUCGUUCUUCUGAAACAUUUUAUGUAAUGAUGUCUUGUCGUCGUGUAUAUAUCAUGUCUUUUCUCGUUAUAGUAGUCGGUCCAUAUUGUGUUA